AUCUAUCAUCUUUUUGAUAUUUAUUAUACAUCCGAUCAAAUCCGACCCUUGAUCUUUUCCUUUCUAAUAUCUAACAAUAAUCUAAUAACAUAAUAAUACUAUUUUAUUUAUUAUUAGAUAUCAGCAUUAAGCUCGGUUUUUUCUUUCUGCUUCUUAUUUAUUUUUUUCUUUUUUUAAUUUCAGCUGCAUGCGAAAUCCAAAGCUUUUCACGUUGAAAUAUUCAAGAUUUCGGUGGUUGUAAGUGGAUAAAAAUAGUCAAGGUUCACUAAAUUUUGCAUGGAUAAAUGACGCCAGACCUGCGAAGUGGAGUUCGGCAGCCUCGUCUGCGAUCAAAACAGGCUGGUGAUGUGCAGCCGAUUCCUGUCACAGGCCCAAUAAGAACAACGAGGCGUGGUGCUGGAAGGGGGAAGGCCUCCAAUGAGCCAGCAUUGGGUCUAGCUUUAGCAGAGCCAGUUAAACCAGUUGCUAUUGCUCCAAGGGCAAGGGCAGCUGGUAGAGGCCAAGGGCCUCAAGCGAUGAAUCAAAACAAGCCAUGCAAGCUUUUGGCUGCUGGGGUUGGAGGGGAGGAAUAUGCUGAUCUGGAAGUUGGAGUGAGAGAGGUGGUCGCCAUUCGGGACGAGGCUGUGGAGGAGCGGAGUGCAGAAAAAAUGUUGGGUGUUGGAGAGGAAGGAAGCACUAGUCCGGUUCCCGAAAGGGUACAACUAGGCAAUUCUCCUGUUUAUAAAAUAGAUAGGAAAUUGGGUAAAGGUGGUUUCGGGCAAGUUUAUGUUGGGAGAAGGGUGAGUGGUGGCAUAGGGCGUACAGGAGCAGACGCAUAUGAGGUUGCAUUGAAGUUUGAGCAUCGCAAUAGUAAGGGGUGCUAUCAUGGUCCUCCUUACGAGUGGCAAGUUUACAGCAAUCUCAAUGGUUGUUAUGGGAUUCCUUUGGUCCAUUACAAGGGUUGCCAAGGAGACUACUAUAUUCUGGUCAUGGACAUGCUAGGUCCAAGUCUUUGGGAUGUUUGGAACAACAACAACCAGAAGCUAUCUGAAGAGAUGGUUGCAUGUAUAGCUGUGGAGGCAAUAUCGAUACUAGAGAAGCUUCACUUUAAAGGAUUUGUGCAUGGAGACAUAAAGCCAGAGAAUUUUCUUCUUGGUCAGCCAGGCACUGCUGAUGAGAGGAAGUUGUAUCUUGUAGAUCUUGGUUUGGCAUCCAGAUGGAAGGAUGCAUCAUCUGGCCAUCAUGUCGACUAUGACCAAAGACCCGACGUUUUCAAGGGGACUAUACGAUACGCCAGUGUACAUGCUCAUUUGGGUAGGACAGGAAGUAGAAGGGAUGACCUAGAAUCAUUGGCAUACACCCUAAUAUUCCUCCUCAAAGGAAGGCUACCCUGGCAGGGUUUUAUGGGAGAGAACAAAGGCUUUCUUGUCUGUAAGAAGAAGAUGGCAACUCCUGCUGAGACACUUUGUAGCCUCUGCCCUUUCCCAUUUCAACAAUUUCUUGAGAUGGUGACAAAUAUGAAAUUUGACGAAGAGCCGAAUUACUCAAAGCUUAUUUCCCUUUUUGAAGGAAGCAUCGGAUCUAAUGCAUUAUUAAGACCUAUUAGAACUGACGGGGCUCUAAAGGUGGGGUCAAAAAGGGGAAGGUUGCAUGUUGAAUUGGAAAAUGAUGGGCAACCGAAGAAGAAAGUUCGAUUAGGGACUCCAGCCACUCAGUGGGUCACAGUCUAUAAUGGUCACUCACCCAUGAAACAAAGAUAUCACUACAACAUUGAGGAUUUGAGACUUCGGCAGCACGUGGAGAAAGGAAAACAAGAUGGUCUUUACAUUAGCUCUGUGGGUUCAUCAUCAAAUCUGUGGGCUCUCGUUAUGGAUGCAGGAACGGGAUUCUCUAACCAGGUUUAUGAACUCUCGCCCAUUUUCUUGCGCAAGGAAUGGAUUGUCGAACAGUGGGAUAAGAAUUAUUAUAUCAGUACAAUAGCUGGUGCUUCCAAUGGCAGUGCGUUGGUUGUAAUGUCCAAGGGAACACCUUACACUCAACAGUCAUACAAUGUCAGCGAUAAAUUCCCUUUCAAAUGGAUCAAUAAGAAAUGGAAAGAGGGCUUUUUCGUCACUUCCAUGACCACUGCAGGUAGCAAAUGGGGGGUCGUCAUGUCAAGAAAUGCCGGUUAUUCUCAUCAGGUUGUUGAACUUGAUUUCCUCUAUCCAAGUGAAGGGAUCCAUAGACGGUGGGAGAGCGGGUACCGGAUUACAUCCACUGCUGCGAACACAGAUCAAGCUGCUUUCAUACUAAGUUCGCCCAAGAGGAAAUCGCUGGAUGUGACGCAAGAAACGUUGCGCACAUCCACAUUUCCAAGUAACCAUGUCAAGGAUAAAUGGUCCAAGAAUCUCUAUAUUUCAUCAAUAUGCUAUGGCAGAACGGUGUCUUGAGAUCUAGGCCUGAAGGUGACAUUGCAUUUUAUUUAAAGAAGUUCACCUAGAGAAAGAAGAGGGAACAGAGCUGAAAAUAAUCAAGUAUGAUUGGAAGAUCUUAACCGCUUGAGUGGAAUAGGGCACGAGGAAGGGCAGCAGUCGUCCAACGCUUGGGAACCGGUCUAAUUUUUCAGCCAUGGGCCAUAUAUGGUGGGCCUUGCCAGACGAAUGGUCAAGGUCUUGAAAACAUCUGCCAGGCGCUCAGUUGAAACCAAUGAAAAUCACAUGGGUGUGUUUGGUUGAGCUAGCAUCAUAUGGCAUUCGAGUAGUCACCCUUUUGAGCCAUGACAUUCUGAUCAACCUGAUGAUUGGAUCGGCCUGACUUUUUGCACAUUCAACUACAUGCAGAGGUUACCUGAUGAGCAGCUCCGAUCAUGCAUGCUUGUCCAUUCAUUCCAUUUGUGAGGCAAGUGAACUUUCAAAAUGCAUUCAACCUUAUCCACUUAGCAUUUCUUUUUCUACCACAUGAGCAGCUUUUCGGGUCAUUGUGCAUCAUCUAGAAGGUGGCGAUGGCCCGGCCUGGGCCCAUCAAAAUUAAAAUUUUGAAAUGGCCUGGUCGAAGAUCCAGCCUGACCAUUUCAAAACCCAGGCUAUGCCUAGUGAACUGGUCUUGAUUUGUUUCCACUCCAACGUAGUUAUAGUUGAGCCAUCUGUGAAUCCUGUCUGUGCAUCAUGUUCCCUACAUUAGAUUGCUCUGUAAGUAAAUUACACUAAUCAUAGAGUUGUAGCCAUCCAAUUAAAGACUUUUGACUUAGAAUGUUGAUCCCUGGCCCCUCUGUACUUUCCAUAAAAUGGAUAACUAGGAUUGUAUGUGUA